AUGUUUCGGCCAGAAGAGGACGGCUGCUCAAAGUAUAGACCGACGAUGCGGGUGAGUCUUGAGCCUAAUUAGUAGUUGAGGGCCGCUCCGAUCUCGUCACUUUUCCGGAUUCCUGGAGAUCUUUUAUUUCCUCCUUUCGUUGCAUUCUUUUCCGGCUGCCUGAACUCUGCAAUUUCUGCUCGAAACAUGGUCAAACGAGUGGUUUUUAAGAUGAUGGAUCGCUCGUGACUCCCUUCUUGUUCUUUUCAGUUCGCUUCCCUUCUUCUCGCCUCCAUCAUCCUCAUUUGCGAAGUUGGUCUCGCUGCUUUUGAGUACAUCCACUGUCGAUUAGAUGGAAAUCCUCUCUCGGCGGUCUUUGCAGGUUAUUCCCAAUCCAAUUCCAUCCUUUCCUAAUCCAUUCCAUUCUAGGUAUAUUCACCUUCCACUCUUUCUUCACUAUUUUUUACAUUGUCGGAGCAUUCCGGCUCGUCGAGUGUUUCAUGGUCCCUUGGCUCACCCUCCAGGUACUCUCUCACAUUGUCCGUCAUUCUUCUGAUGUUCUCUUCAAGCUCAUCUUCAUUACAACACUCGCUCUGUUCGUGAUUGUCUGGUGGAUUGCCACUCUUCUGUCUGUUUUCAACCUGGUACAGUACUAUCAAUCCAAUCACAGUAAGUUUGUCUCCUGUCAUCUCCUAAUUCUCCCUCGUUCUUGUUCUUCAGAUGGGCUGACCAAUGCCGAAUUCUUCGUGUUCACGGGAGUCGUUCUGACGGUUGUUCUCCUCGUUUCCAUGAAGGUUUCGCACGUUCUCUACAAGGGAUUCGUGAGUGUUCGCAACCAGAAUAUGGUCCGUUAUCGAAUUACGGAGGUGGCCGAGCGGAAAGGAUCUCUACUAAAACCGAGUUACGUCUGA